AUGAAAUGAAAAAUACAAAAUAAGAUUAUCCAAUCCAAAAAGGGGGAAUAGAGGAAAUUAGAGCCACAACUAACAUACAACGCAGCAUGGAAAAUCAUUCACGGCUAACACCCACUCUCUGUUCCUCCUUCUUGGUAUAUCCUCCUAGCAUCUUCUCCUGAUUCUUCAAUCUCAAUAAUAUCCAAAUUCUCAUCUUCAUCAAACCCCUUCUUAAUUUCUCAUUCAUUACUAUUUUCAUUCAUUCAUUCAUUUACUAACUCACAAGUCACAACACAGUCUUUAAUCAAACCAUGCUUCACUCCACUUCACUUCUUCACCAUAAUAACUAUCGCUUCCUUUUCUCUUUCCGUUCAAAACCUUCACUUCUAGAUUCACAAUCUCAAUCUCAAUCACAAUCUCUCUCUUUCUCUAAAUCAUUAUCAUCAUCAUCAUCAUCAUCAUCAUCAUCAUCAUCAUCAUCAUCAUGUUGCCGCGUGGCGCGUAUUUCUACAGAAACAUUGGAGUUAUCGCCACCGCCACCUGGUUUCAAUUUCCGCCGCGAAAUUUCCAGACUCACCGCGCUCCGGGAGAAGCUCUCCGGAUGUGAUACUCUCCAAGAGAAGCUUCGAAUAAUUGACGCCGAUUACAGAGUUAGACGUUUCUUCGGUUCCUCCUCCGGCAACCGGAAUGCUGGACUAGCUAGGGUUUUAUCGGUGUUACGAUUGGAAUCCGAUAAAUUGUUUUUGAUCAAGUGUUUGGUUGCUGCGGGUCAAGAGCAUGUGUUGUGUUUGGAUGAAACGGUACCGGAGAUGGAGUCGCCGGCUUCUGGUUCUGUGAAGAGUGCGUUUUAUGCUCUGGCGAAGAUGAUUGAGAAAUUGGAGUCCAAUAACGGAAAUUCUGGUGCUGGUUUUGGGAAGACGAAGAUGGGGAUGGGGAUGGCUUUGGCGGAUCAUGAAAUUCGCGACUUGAAUAAGUUGUUAGAGACGUUGGCACAAAUUGAGUGUUUCUAUGAUUGCAUUGGAGGAGUUAUUGGUUAUCAGAUUACGGUUCUAGAACUUAUCGUCCAACAAUUGGUUGACCAGAAGAAUACAAACUGGUCUCAGCACAUGCAUGAAGUGAAAGAACGCCAAAUUUUGGGAAUUGAUGCACCAACUGGGCUUGACCUUUCUGAAAAUACAGAGUAUGCAUCACAUGCAGCUCUAUGGGGUAUAGAGGGUUUGCCAGACCUAGGUGAAAUUUAUCCUUUGGGAGGCUCUGCAGACAGACUUGAUUUAGUUGAUCCUAACACCGGUGAAUGCCUGCCUGCUGCAAUGCUGCCGUUUUGUGGGAGGACUUUGUUGGAAGGCCUUAUAAGAGAUCUUCAGGCUAGAGAAUUCUUGUACUUCAAGUUAUAUGGGGAACAAUGUAUCACUCCUGUUGCAAUAAUGACAAGUUCAGCAAAGAACAACCACAAACAUAUCACUUCCCUGUGCGAAAGACUCUCAUGGUUUGGAAGAGGUCGAUCAACUUUCCAACUUUUUGAGCAGCCUCUUGUUCCGGUUAUUGGUGCAGAAGAUGGGCAGUGGUUGGUCACUAAACCAUUCAGUCCCUUGAGCAAGCCUGGUGGUCAUGGUGUCAUAUGGAAACUUGCUCAUGAUAAAGGCAUCUUCAAAUGGUUUUCUUCUCAAGGAAGAAAAGGUGCAACUGUGCGCCAAGUCAGUAAUGUUGUGGCAGCUACAGAUGUAACCCUCCUGGCAUUAGCAGGGAUCGGUUUGCGUCAAGGAAAGAAACUGGGGUUUGCAUCCUGUGAGCGUAUCUCAGGUGCAACAGAAGGAAUUAAUGUGCUUAUGGAGAAGAAAAGUCCAGAUGGAAACUGGGAAUAUGGUGUUACUUGCAUUGAAUACACUGAAUUUGACAAGUUUGGGAUUACUGAUGGAUCUCUUGUUCCAAAAAGUUUGCAGGCAGAGUUUCCAGCCAAUACAAACAUCUUAUAUGUUGAUUUACCAUCUGCGGAAAAAGUUGGAUCAAGUAAGAAUGUGAAUAGUAUACCAGGAAUGGUGUUAAAUACAAGAAAGCCAAUAGUCUAUGUAGAUCAGUUUGGAAGACAGUGUAGUGUCUCUGGUGGCAGACUGGAGUGCACAAUGCAAAAUAUUGCAGACAAUUAUUUCAAUUCAUAUUCAAAUAGGUGCUAUAAUGGUGUGGAAGAUAAGCUAGAUACAUUUAUUGUAUAUAAUGAACGGAGAAGGGUUACAUCAUCUGCUAAGAAAAAAAGAAGACAUGGAUACAAGUCUUUACGCCAGACACCCGAUGGUGCUCUAUUGGAUAUUUUAAGAAACGCUCAUGAUCUUCUUUCCCCAUGUGAUAUAAAACUUCCUGAGAUUGGAGCUGAUGGGAACUACGUCGAUUCCGGACCACCAUUUCUUAUCCUUCUUCAUCCUGCUCUUGGUCCACUUUGGGAAGUCACCAGACAAAAAUUUUAUGGUGGUUCCAUAUCAGAGGGUUCUGAGUUACAAGUAGAAGUUGCAGAGUUCUUUUGGAGGAAUGUUCAGCUCAAUGGAAGCCUGGUCAUAAUAGCUGAAAAUGUUAUGGGCUCAAUGCAGAUUGAUGAGAGUGGUGAACCCAUACUACAUCAUGGGCAAAGGUGUGGAAGAUGUAAAUUGCAGAAUGUCAAGGUGUUGAAUGAGGGAAUUGAUUGGAGGCAUGGUGGAAACGUGUAUUGGAAACAUGAUGUGCAAAGGUCUGAGGUGUUGCAGAUCAUACUGCAUGGAAAUGCUGAAUUUGAAGCUACUGAUGUUGUCUUACAGGGAAACCAUGUAUUUGAAGUUCCAGAUGGUUACAAACUGAAAAUAAUGCCAGGAAGCACAGGUUUAGCAAUCCAGUUGGAUCCGAUUGAACAGGGAAUGAUGGAGAGUGGAAGCUGGCACUGGGAUUACAAGAUAGAAGGUUCUCACAUUAAACUAGAAUUAGCAGAAUCAUAGACCAUUAACCACAGAAGACGUCUACUGCGUGAAUCAUGGUUCACAGUUGAUGUUGGUGCUCAUCUAUAAUAAUUGCGACUACCAUUGUGACAGGUUCAACAGAAGUUAAACCUUUGUGACGUUAGCUUGUUUUAGACUUUUGUUGUAAUAUGUUUGUAAAAUCUCUUCCAUCUUAUUAUCUUCUAGUUUUUCUUUUCCUGUAAUUAUUAUAUAUUGGAUUAAUUCAGUGUAACUAUCAUUGUAAAAUUGAGAGGAAUGUAAGCAAAGAAUACAUUUCAUUAAUUGCAGGCCUCUUUUAUCAUUAUUAUUUAUCAAA